AUGGUUUUUUCACCUUUUUCACUCGAGAUGAUAUUUGGCAUUAUCUCUGCUGGCACUAGUGGUGAUACACAACUUGAACUUCUCCGAUUUCUUGGUUUGAGAUCCAUGAAAGACCUCGUAGAUCUCGUUAAAAUUCGUUCCGACUUGCUCAAACAUUUUUCUCCUGACCAUUCCGCUUUGCACCUGGAUGGUCCCGUCUUUUCUUUCACUAAUGGUUUGUGGGUGCCAAAGUCUCUUCCUCUUAAGAGUUCAUUCAAGGAUACUUUGACAACUAUGUUUAACGCCGCUGUGUCUGAUCUUCAUACGUAUAAUAGGGGUGUUGAAGUCAUUGAAGAAGUGAAUUCAUGGGUAACAAGAAAGACCAAUGGUAUUAUCAAAGGAAUCCUUCAACCAAUGUCCAUCACUAAUGAAACACAGCUCCUGUUUAUUAAUACAGUCUGCUUCAAAGGAGAAUGGGAGAAUCCAUUCCCUACUUGUUUAACAGCACUGCAUGAUUUUACACUUUCAGAUGGUAGUUCGGUAAGAAACAUCCCCUUCAUGGUAAGCGAUGAAACACAAUACAUAAAAUCUUUUGACCUGUUUGGAUUUAAAACACUCUCUCUAGCUUAUAAGAAAGGAAAUGGAGAUGAUAAACAUUAUCAGUUCUACCUCGACAUAUUUCUUCCAAAUCCUGGAUUUGAUUUGCCAACGAUGCUUCAAAGUAUGGCGGCCAACAAUUUUGACCUUAUUAUGAGCAGACUUGUUCAAGAUAAAGUGAGAGUAGGGGAGUUUAGAAUUCCAAAAUUUAAGAUUUUGUCUAGGCUUGAUGAUACAUUGGAUGUACUGAAGGAACGUGGAGUAUCUAAGGCUUUCGAAAAAGGAGCUUUGAAAGACAUUCUUCAACAUGAUGCUGCAGGUAACAAACUCCUUGUUUCAAAUAUAUUUCACAAGUCUUUCAUUGAAGUAAACGAGAGAGAGACUGUAGCAGCUUCAGUUAGUACUUCAGUUGAAGUAAAGUGUUAUACUCCAUCGGUCGACUUUGUUGCAGAUCACCCGUUUGUGUUUCUUGUCAGGGAACUUAAUUCCAAAACAAUCUUGUUUAUGGGACAAGUUCUCAACCCUACAGAAGGAUACGAUGAUGAACAAGUUUCUUAA